AUCGGUAUGCUUCAGGAAGGAUGAGCGUAUUUGGAACAUGAAACAACACAUCCUUCAGUGUCCGGAUGUGGAGCUACCAGACAGCCGUAACCAUGGUUUCUACAUGCUUCCGCAGAAUAACAAAGCUGGUAAAUUUCUUGAUGAGGAGCGUUUGAUCAGCGACUACCCGAUAGACCAAAGGAAAGCCUACCUUGAGUUCCGUUACAAGAAGAGGGUCUACAGACAGCUCAACCUUGAUGUAGCCCAACUGAAGAAGUUCCACUCCAAGUCCACCCUGAAGCAGUUCCUGGACUAUGUUAGGAACCGCCAAGUGGACAAGAUCAACAAGCUGGCUGACAAGGGCAUGGACCCCAACUUCCAUGAAGAGGCUACUGGAGAAACUCCCCUGACGAUCGCUGUUUCUAUGGACCGCUCCGAGGACGUACUUAAGGCUCUCGUCAAUGGUGGCGCUCAUCUAGAUUUCAGGACUCGUCAUGGUUUCACCGCAGUUCACCGGGCUGUCCAGAAGGGCAAUAUUAAAUCACUUGACAUUCUCCUCGAUCUCGGAGCAUCCCCGAACUCUAAGGAUGACAGAGGGCUCUCGCCGCUUUACUACAGCAUCGUGACAGGCUCGGAAACGCACAUUACGGAGUUACUACUCAAAGACUGCGCAGAGGUCUCGCCCGUAGAUAGCCAAGGAUGGGGCCUUAUACAUUAUGCAUGUCGCUAUGGGCGUGUCCGAUCCCUGAAGCUCCUCCUCCUAUAUGGCGCUAACAUCUCAUUGGCCAAUGAAGCAGGUAACACGCCCCUUCAUGUUAGUGCGCUCUACAGUCAGGAAGAAUGCGCACACUUGCUGAUGGACAGAGGGGCCGACAGGGCGGCGAAGAACAAGGCUAACCAGACUCCAUUCCAGGUUGCAAUCUUGGCCAACAAUUUUGAGUUGGCCGAAGUUAUACGAAACCAUUCUGGUCAGACUCUUGAUUCAUCACAAGACACGCCUACCUUCAGCAAGCGAAGGCGAUGGGCCAAUUACAUCAGCCACAGCCAAUCGCUAAGCCAGGUCAGAGGUCAAGCGUUCUUAGAUCAGAGCGAGGACAAGUAUGGACCCAAGUCUCGCAUGUCCCUAGCAACCAUUCCCGGGUCACCUGAGAAGAAGAGCCUUAGCAACGGAUCAGCAGGUGGGGCGAAUCCCCUGAAGGCCCCCAUGAUUCACAGAAGAAUAAAAGAGGCCCCUAAGGGGCGUUUCUACAUCGCCAAACAAAACUACUCCGCUCAAGAGGUCGGCGAACUUUCCUUGCAUAAAGGAGACCAUGUGGAAGUUACAGCGAUUGGUGAAUAUAACUACUGGCAGGGUCGUGUUGCACAUAGCAUGGGAUGGUUCCCGUCAUACUGCGUUGAAGAAAUAUCACCAAAGUACAGAAAAAGUAAGUCCCUCUCUUGAUUUUCAUUCUGAGAUUCUGGUGUUGCCUAAUUUUGAAUUUUGAUGUUUAAGAAAGGAUGAUGAGAAAUGUACAAAAUUGUACACUUUGAGGAGACAACAUUAGGUUGGGUAACAUACUGUAUAAUAUUACCAACUAUUGAUAAAAAUGAAGUUGCAUGUGAAAUUUGAGAUUUUGUUCUCCAUCAGCUGGUAGGUUCAUUUAGGAAAGUCUAUUUGAAUUGCUGGAGAAGUGUAAGUGUAUGAAAUUGAUUUAAGAAGAAAGAUUUUUUAUCGUGAUAAUGGUGGUGGUGAUGGUGGUGAUGAUGAUGAUGAUGAUGAUGAUGAUGAUAGUGAUGCCAAUGGUGAUGAUAGCAUUGGUAAUGAUGGUAAUCAUGAUGAUAGAUAAUAAUUAUGAUAAUAUGAAGCGUUGAUUAUCUUGUUUCUUAUUCGAUGGCACACUCAAUACGAUGAUGACAGCAAUGACGAUCAUGAUCAUCAUCAAGAAGAUGAUAGUGCUGAUGAUGUUGAUGAUGAUGCUGAUGAUGAUGAUUAUAAUUAUGAAGAUGCUAGUGCUGUUAUUGUUGCAAAUUGCAUUAUUCAACUUCUAAAUCCACCAAAGCUUAACUAUUACUAAAGAAACAAAAACACAGAAAGAAUGUACAUUAAAAAAAAAACAUUAAAAAGAACUUUGCAUGUAGAAUACACACAUUGAAAGAACAAAAUAUAUUGAAUAAAUUACAUGUUGUGAUUAUUGUGAAGUAGCAU